CCCCGGCGUGCCCCGCCGCCCACCGCGGGGCCGAGCGGGCGCGGCAUGGCGCUGCGGGGCUGCCUGCGGGCCGGGCGCGGGCUGCUGCGAGCCGCGGGGCCAGCGCGGCCGCCCGCCCGCCGGGAUUGCGCCGGGGGCCGGCCGCCGGCCUUCGGGUUCCUCUUCGACGUGGACGGGGUGCUGGUGCGGGGCAGCCAGGCGGUGCCCGCCGCCCGCCGGGCCUUCCAGCGCCUGGCGGACCGCGGCGGGCGGCUGCGGGUGCCCGUCGUGUUCCUGACCAACGCCGGGAACUGCCUGAGGGCGGCCAAGGCCCGAGAGCUCUCCCAGGCCCUGGAGAUGCAGGUCUCUCCAGAGCAGGUGAUCCUGUCCCACAGCCCGCUACGGCUCUUCAGCCAGUUCCACCAAAAGUGCAUGCUGGUGGCUGGGCAGGGGCCCGUGGAGGAGAACGCCCAGAACCUGGGGUUCAAGCACGUGGUUACCAUAGAGGCACUGAGGAAGGCAUAUCCUCUGUUGGACAUGGUGGAUCAGAGCCGGAGGCCAAAGGAGAUGCCUCCUCCAACCACUGGCUUCCCCACUAUAGAAGGAGUGAUUCUGUUUGGUGAGCCAGUGAGGUGGGAGACAAGCCUGCAACUUAUUGUUGACGUACUCUUGAGCAACGGGAACCCUGGGGCAGAGCUGAAAGAUAUACCAUACCCUCACCUGCCUGUCCUUGCCUGCAACAUGGAUCUCCUGUGGAUGGCCGAAGCCAAGAUGCCCAGGUUUGGGCAUGGCACUUUCCUUCUUUGCUUGGAGAACAUCUACAAGAAAGUGACGGGCCGGGAGCUGAAGUACGAGGCCUUGAUUGGCAAACCCAGCACAGUCACCUACCGCUAUGCCGAGUACUUGAUAAAACAGCAGGCAGAGAAACAGGGAUGGAAGUCUCCCAUCCGACGCCUCUAUGCAGUUGGGGAUAACCCUAUGUCCGAUGUCUAUGGGGCAAACCUCUACAACAACUACCUCAAGUCAGCUCACCAAAACCAGGUCCAGGCUGGGGUGAAGAGGAGCCUGCAGGCAUCCAGUCCCCAAAUGGAGGAUCACCUCGAGCUGAGGAAGGACUGCUGCAAUUCAGUGGAGAGUUGUGAGUCAAUUCUGGUCUGCACUGGGGUCUACCGCCACAACGCAGAUGUUCCCAGUAACAUGGAGAAGUCCAAGACAGAGUCGGUGUUCCAUGGCCAUCGGGACUUCUGCUUUGACCCCAGCUUGGUGGAGGCAUCUCACAUAGUGCAGGAUGUGAACGAAGCUGUGCAACUUGCUUUCAAGAAGGAGAACUGGAGCUAAGGUUAAGAGAAGUGUACUGACAAAUUUACUAUCAGGAAUUUUAUGGGCUGAAAAGGGAAGAGGGGACGAAUGGGGAGAGACCUGGGGUGAUCUUCUAAUCUAGCCAAUGUGAAAGAAGACUCCCUAUCUCAGCACUAAGCCCAUUGCUUUUAUUGAUACCAGUCUGCAACUGACAGGAAACUUUCAGCUGUGAACGUACUUUGCUGCCAUCAAUAAUCGAGCCGUAAUGGAAACAGGGUAUAAGGAAAAGACCUAUCCUAGCAAUCCCAGUUCUGUUCAGCCAUUAGAGUUCUUUCUUUUCCACUCUUUGUGUGUGAAGAUCAGGCAAGCCCACCCUCCUCCUCCUCAUGAUGUGUUUGAUGAUGAAGUUCUUCCCUGUGCAAGGAGCCAUCAUCAGCCAGUGCACCAUUUGUACAAGCUACUAUUCAUUCACUCUGUGAUGAGACCACACCAGAUGUUGUCUUGUGGUGACACUCUGCCAGGGGAAGACUUUAAAAUUCUCCUUAUGAAGAAUAAGUGCCUAUAGACUUUAACAAAUUCUGUUUGCUUGGGGGUUUGCCACUGCAUCGUUGUCAGUCUGAAACAAGGUCACAUUUUGCAGUCCUCCAGCAACUAUGGAGAGGCAGGGCCCCUCAAAGGAAGCUGCAGUAGCCAGAGCAACUUGCUACAGGACUGAGGGGAAAGUUAUGUUACUCCCUUCCCCCCUAUUUAGCAUUCUGUGAACGCUUCUGCCUUUUCACAUCCCACUAGGGAGCCAACAGCCUGCUUUCAAUAGCAGAGGAAACCACUACAGAGAUGGAAUUUCCAGGGGUGUCUUUGCCCAGAACUCAGUGUUGCAGUAAGAGGCUGUUUUGGCAUGUGCCGUGACCUCCAGUGUUGCAAGGGACAUCCACCUGCUCCAGCUGGCACACCUUCUAAAGGGGCCCCUGUUUAGAACAAGGGCCAACCAGAAAGAGUCACAGCCCACCUGUUCUUCCUUGCAUACAAGGAUUGAAAGAGGAGAUCAUCAAGCCAGAAUACAAAUGUACCUGUCCUUCACUUCCUUUUUUUUUGCCUCUUGCCUCAUGUGGUUUGCAAUUCAGACCAUAUGGUCUGAUCCCUGUUCCCUCCUCUUCCUUUAGCAUGCAGGUAAAGUUCCCCUAACAUGAAUUAGCAGCUGGGACUCACCUGCUGAGGAACGUUUCCAUAUUCUAAUGAUAUGCCUCUGUUUUCCUAGCUUGAGCUAUCCAGGGAAUGAUCAAGCCCUGUGUCUCUUAGACAGUCAAAAGAAGUUAAGCAAGCAUUGCUCAAAAAGCUACAUGUGAAAGAUUGGCUCAGCAGGGCACAUCUUAAUUCCAGAGGAGCAUUGUGAUUUUAGGAAUGUUGUGAUUUUUAGAAGCAUAAAUCAGCCUGUGUAUGUGACAAAAAAUCUUGGAAGCCAGCACAACUCGGUUGAUGUUCCUGCUCAGCUCACACCACACUGAGAGAUGAGAAAUAGGUCUUUUCUGCCUCCUCUUUCUCUCUUCCUGCUUUACCAAGCAGCUCCAUACACAGGGCACAAACAAGAUGUUCUGUGCAGAAGUUUGAGUUGUUCUUAAUUAAAAUCUCGGCAUCCAUGUGCACUGAUACUUUGCUUCAGCACUUUUCUAUCCUCUUGAUACUGAUGUGUCUUCCUAGGAAGGUCACGCUGCAGAGCAGGCUCUUUUCUUACAUUAUGCCAGGCUCUGUAUCUGAAGGGAACUGGUUGCACUGUGAGUGACUCAGGCAAAGAGGUCCUCUUUGCUUGGCUUCUUUCUCUAUACCUUAUUUUCUGAAUGGGAGCAGAAAAAUACCUCUUUGGGUGAAUCUCCCUCCUGUGAAAUUCAUAGUGAGAAGCAGUCUUUUCCUCUCUCAGCACUAGCUAGGGUUCUUCUGCUUUGUCUUGCCAGCACAAGAAUUGCUUGGUUGCUUCUGAAAGCAGCUGUAACUUGAGGAGCACAAUAUUAGAUUUGAAUCCUUUGCCUUUCACUGGAGAGAAAAAGAAAUUACCAUUUCUUGCACCUACACAAGAUGAGGACUUGUCUCCAGUUCCCAGGAUAAGUACAAGGAAGGACUUUGCAUAUAACAUAGGGAAGAUCUUUUAGCUUUCAGAACAUCACCACAGUCACAACUGGGCUGUAGACCCAGUGUGCAAAGCCUGAAACUUAGAGGCCCAAACCCCAUUUAUUCAUAGACUAGCUCUAAUGUCCCUCAGCCUCACUUUUCAGAGGUGAUAUCCAGUGCAGAAAGAGGAAUGCUCCCUUUCCUUGCAAUAUUUACUAACAUGAGUGUUAACUUUCAUAUGAUUAAUUGGAGACUGCCUUCUAGGCUGUGGUUACAUAGAUCUCAGAGAGCUGAUUGCUGGCAAUAGCCCCUCCACUUUGGUAGGUACUUCUCUGCAGAAAUACUAAAGUCUGUCCAUCCGUGUGGAAUAACCUUUGGCAGAGCUCGCUCGUGUCACUCAUUAAGAUUGUGGUGCCGGUUACUCAAAAACAAGGUGCUGCUGAACCAGUACUGGUUCCCUGAGGUUUGUAUCACUGCUGAAUCAGCUAUUCCAAAUGAAGCCAGGUAUACUGGCUGAUGCUCCAGUAAUGGCAGUAGCUUUGUGAAAGCGCAGAAGAACCUUGAGAAAUCACAAGAGGUUUGUAACCUCAUAUCAGAUAGCAUGGCACAUCUCAGCCAGAAAUGAGGUAGGUAGCAAGAGGAAAGAAGUGGCACCUCCUUCAACAAAGGAAGAGGUUUGCAUUUGCACAGAAUGAGCCAGGCAUUUCCAUCUUUGGAGCAGUAGCGAAGGCGAGCUGGCUGAUGUGAAUCCGCUUCAGAUUCCAGGUCUGCUUGUAGGUCCAGAUUUGGUCGUUUUUUUAAAACCAUGUUAGUGGUAUUGAAACAGUGCUCUGAGAGUCUUAAAAAUGCGUAGGAGGGACUUCAGUGAUAAGGAGUUAAAGAAAUGCUUUGCUUACAAGUUGAAAUUGGAACAGAGGGGAGGGAAGGAAAUCUAGAAGAAUCUUGUACCCUUUGCCCAAUUCUUACCAAGUAGGAUUGCAUAAAUGGCUCUGCUUGUUGGUUUGUGUACUAAUUAGUCAGAUGGGCUGCCUUUUGUCUGAGCAGCACGGACCUUUCCCCUUUUCCCAUGCUUAAGGCCUUGAAACGCUGCACUUUGUCCAAGUCAGUACCCAGGCAUGAGCACAGUGGAUAGGGGAGGAAAUUUGGGUUCUCCAGCUGCUGUUGGAUACUGGAUUGUGUAGGAUUCCUACAGAGAAAAGUAUUUGCCAGGUCUCUGUUCCAAGCGUUUUGUGCUAGAGUGCUGUGCAGGCUUCUAGCUUAUCUGCAGUUAAUUUAUGGACAUCUGUUAUUGCUAGAAUUCAGUGAAAUCCUUUUUCCUUGGAACUACAGCUUCCUGGAAUUAGCUUCAAGUGUCCCUGGAACAAAAACUUUCCUUUGUCUCUUGUAUUGUGCAGAGGUUGCAUUUCUGAAGCUGCAUUUCUUUCAUGUGGAGCAAGUGUGCUUCUGUGCAGAUUAUGGGACCAAGCAGGAGAGGGGACUUCGCUUGCUGACCUAAUACCUUAAUAUUUAUAUGAUGCGCUGUCCUAUAAAACAAACAUGUUGAAGACCUGAUCCUAAAAGCUCCAUCUUCCACAGAUGGAUGUGUUUUAGUUAAGCCUUGAGGGAGCUUUCAGUGAGGUGAGGCAACUGAGAAUAGCAGGGAGGAUCCAGCAGAGGGAUAGACCUUGUUUGGGAUCUGAAGCAGAGACCUUUUACACCAUGAAGUUACUUGGUGGUCAGAGAGGUCAAUUCACUUAUUCCACAGAACUCAUGCUACUACUAGCCUGGUUUUCAGGGAGUCAUAUAACACUACUGUCCCCUUUCUUCCAGUCUUAAACCUGAUGUGUCUUUUUCCCUCCAAUAAAUAGGUUAUGUUUCAGAUUAUGUCACAUACACUGUAGCAGAGUGAUUAGCAAUCAUACAGAGAAAUCACAAGCUGUGAUUAUUUUAGACUUCAUAUUAAUUUCAGCCCUCUUCCAGAGUUGCUCCUUUGAUCUAGCACAUACAACAAUAAUAAAAGAUGUUUUCUUUGAAAUAAA